CACAUGACUGAGCCUGUGGCGCGGCGAGCUAAUGACUUUGCAGCUCACUCACACUAAAGCCCUCGAUCGGUUAAUUUGUUGUUUUCGUCGUUGUGUUCCUGCUUCUCCGGUUCGGUGAAGCGGCCUUUGGACACCUGGAGCAAGAUGAGUGCCUCUGAAUGGUCCAACCUGACUCUGCAUCUGGAGGAUUCCUUGACCAGCGUCCUGAGUCACUAUCUCGACAGCUGGAGGCGUAACCUGACGACCGCAGCGCGAGCCCUGGACAAGACGCUGGCCGAGGAGAACGUGCGAGACGUCAUCUGGUAUCUGACGGUGAUGAUCGGCAUGUUCGCCUUCAUUCUGGUGGCCAUGCUGGUCAGCACAGUUAAGUCCAAGAGGAGGGAGCACUCCAACGACCCCUACCACCAGUACAUCAAAGAGGACUGGGCUGCUCAGAAACAGCACAAUGGCCUCUCAGACGACAUCGGAGGCUGAUAGUAGGCGUUUUAUUCUUUCUUGUCAUAUGUGUAAUCAUAAUAAAAAUAAAUAAUUAAUGCUGAAAAGAUUCAUUGAGAUUUAGCUCAACUUUAAGCUACUUGCCUAUAUG